AUGAUGUUAGAAGAAAUGGGUCUCUUCAAAAUUUUCCGUGAAGCAAUCUCUAUCGUGUUAGGUGAGCAGGCGUGGCAAUUGGAGGAAGCACUUGGAUUCGGAGCGUAUGAAUUCAAACCAUGCUCCAAGCCAGAAUUUCUAAAUGAGGACGUAAGCAAUUGUGUUCGGCAAUGGGAUUUAUCCACGCCGAUGUGUACUUGUUCACCUGGUGCUCAUGACGUUGCGGUGACGGCAUCAAUGGAUUCUUCCAACCAGUUCAGAGGAUACAGGCUAAGGACAACUUCGUUACGUGAUAUGCCAAAAGCAUCCGCGGCAUGCUAUGAGGAGUUUCUGCAUGGCAUCGAAUCACAUGAAGGUGUUGAGCUCCCAUCUCCGAAUGACCUUGUCUCAAAUACCCAGGAUCACGAAAGUCAAGCAUCGAGCGCCCAGUCGCCAUUUGUUUCGAACGAUGGAAACAUCAUUGGUGGGCCUCUUAUAAAAAUUGAUCUUACUUAUUGUGGCAUGUUAAGAGGCGGUGGCGGUUCCUUCAUUGUCGGUGAAGGUGGAGUUAGCCGAAGAACAAGACAAUCCUAG